AUGAGUGAAGAAAACAAUAGCUAUGUGUCCAACCAAUGGGAGCCGUCUUCGGCCUCCACUCCCACCACGACAUCGACGGCCACUUCAGACACUCGGAGGCGAAACCACGAGAGGGGAGACGGAGUGGACGGACAGCGCUCCACAAGAGGCCACUCUCUGUCGCGCAAAGGCCUGCAUAUCGACAGCUCAGCCCUCAUGUGUCAGAACGGGUGCGGCUUUUAUGGCAACCGCGAGUGGAGUGGCUUCUGUUCCCUCUGUUAUAAGCAGAUCCGACACAAAGAGACUUCGGUUAUGAGUCCAAUCAAUCGAUGGAUUUCACCCGAAAUGCUGUCACUUCGGUCGUCGUCUUCGGCCUCUUCUCUGUCGCGUUCGUCGACGGCUUCGUCGGCCAACUCGUCGCCGGCCAACACCAACACCGGGUCCGCGCACUCGACGCCCGCACUCUUCACGAAGUUUGAGGAGAAGAAGAGACAACAGAGCGAUAAGAAGAGCAAAACGUUGAAAUCGAUAUUCAAACGCGCGGCCACUUUCCGCGAGUCGAAGAAUAGCAGCGCUUCCAACAGUGAUAAAAGCGUGUCGACGCCCACCAGCGCUCUCCAGUCGUUGACCGAUCGACAGCUGUUCUCAUUCGACACGUUAUCUCUGGGCGAAGAAGUGGUGGCGAAGUUUCUGCGCGAAGCAGCCAUUCUUGACAUCAAACGACAAAUCAAUAAAAUUGUUGACAAAAUGAAUAAAUCGGCGAAUAAGGCGUCUAUUGAGGAGAUGUCGGAACAGAUCCACGACUUCUAUCAGAUGAUGAGCACUCGGUUCACGAAUAACCCGUUCUAUCGCGAGGCCAGUAGUGAACAGAUCGAACAGUUGGUCGACUUUACCGAACGAUAUUUGAUGCAACAGUUGUACCAAAUGUUGUUCACACGUAUCCAACACGAAGAGGAGGACAGGGAUCUGGCGCUUCAGAAGCGGAUCCGUUCACUCAAUUGGGUUAUGGCUCAGCACUUGGACGUCGACAUCAAUCUAAGGCAUCCGGAGAUCAAAGAUUUAGUGGACAAAGCGAUCACAGAAGUGAUUGAAAUGGACUCAAAACAAGUGCCGCUCGAGAAGUUAGAGUGUAUUGUGAACUGCAGUAAAACGAUAUUCAAAUUACUGCAAGUGAAUAGUCAAGAGCCGGUGUCUGCCGACCAAUUCCUGCCGGCGCUGGUCCUCAUUGUGAUCAAAGCGAACCCACCGUUACUCCAGUCUAACAUCAAACUCAUCACUCGCUUCAGUACACCGUCGCGACUGAUGUCUGGAGAGGCGGGCUAUUACUUCACGAACCUGUGCUGCGCCACCGCUUUCAUCGAGAAUAUAACCGGCGAUUCGCUUAAUAUGACUGAACAGGACUUCCAGUCGUACAUCACGGGUGAAGCGCAACCGCCCGGCGCUUACCAACAGUCGACCUUUUUGUGUGAAGCGUUCCGUAUAAUGAGCUCUAAUAUGGCUAUGCUUUCCGACCUCAACGACCGUCAGACCAAAUUCGAGACACAAAUGAGUGAACUCACGGACAGUAUUCACACGUUUCGGGACGACAUGUUGAAGAGGACUCAUAGCGCACUCAAACCACUGCCGCCGACCGUCUAUUCGGUUCCGCCAGACGUCGACAUUAAGUACAUUCCGACCGCUUUUCGCGAACGUAUUCUCAAUCAAAGGACACAAACCGAAGGCAUUCUUAUAGAUUUGGGAAACGACGCGAACACCGCUGAAGACAACAGCGACGUUGCGGUCGAUGGCAACCACAUCGAUGGCAACACCGGAACCGAUGCUCAAGUAGUUGAGGGCGAAGACACGUUAUCGCCGGAACAGCAUUUACCACCACCACUGGCCCCAGAGAUACUUCAAAAGCCAUAA